AUGGAGAAUGGUACGUUUUUUGCCACUGGAUCAGGUCCCCAACUGUAAUUUGACAGUAAGAUAAAUGUGAGCUAUUAUGAGUAAAAACCUAUUGGUUUACAGUGUUCAUCCAACCUAAAAAGCAUGCCCUUUCUGAGUGUUGCUGACCUCGCAAAGACCAGAGUUCCCUGCACGAGCCGGCGCAUGUGAAUGUCUUUUGCUUGCGUUCUGUUUUCCGCAAAAGGCCUGACUUUUGCGGGGGGCGGUCGCUCUCAGAUGGUCUGAUUUUUCACGUUUUUACGGUUGAAAUUACUACCGGCGUUCUUUGGUGCUCUCAUACCACUUGAGCGGCAAAUAUGUCAUAAUGACAUGGUUUUUGAAGUUGUUAUAACAACAAAUAUUGAUGUAAAAUAUAUAAGUGAUCAUACUGGCGUACAUUUCAGACGAUGUUGAGUUAAUUUCAAUGGUUUAACGCGUUUCGAUAAGGAAAAUGGACCUUGAAAAUCGCUGAAACCUUUUUGUAACCGAAAGAACUGAUUUUUGAUCGGUUUAUCGGAUGUUUCGACGGUUUAGACGGCUCAACUUGAGUUGAAAUAAUUAGUAGAGAAUACGGGAAUACCGGAAAUGUCCAGGAUGAAUUCUGUGUGAGCUGCGUAUACAGUGAAAUAAGUUAUGCAUCUCAAAGCUAAAGUUUUAAAAAUUUUUUUAAAAAAUCACCGCUUGUAAGCUAUCUUAAAACAUUUUAAAUUAAAAACGUGAUGGCUCACAUCCAAAUUAUUUUGAAUACUUUUCAAAUACUUUCGAAUUCCCGCCAGAUUUUCUGGCGAUAGCCGGAAAACUUUUUUUCUGGUCGACUCUCCUCUUUUUACUAUAUCCCUCACAAAGUGCGAAAUAAAAUUUUGCUAUGUUCAUAUAAUAUUUAGUCUAGUCAGAGUCUCGGCAUCUUGAUCACUUCACUGAAGCCCUUAAACUGAGAAUUGUUUGCAAAUACGAACAUAUCGUAUCUUUUUGUGCACCGAACAACAUGUUGUUCGCAGCCAGGUCAUUCUGAUGGUUCGAUCGUUACAAACUCCGCCCGCAAACAUCUUCCCUUCCACUGUAGUCGAGCUGAGCCCGACCGAAAUAGCAACGUUAAUGAUAAUUGUUUCGAACUGGCCACAACUUUGUUCACGCCACCUUUUCUUGUAUAAAAGGCGGAGUCAGCGACAGUCUUCGGUCAGCUUUGUCCAUCAAAAAGUCAGAGCUUAGUUUGGACUGACAACGGGUUACUGUACAUUCCAGCGUGGUGUUUGUUGUAUAUUCAGAGUAACUAAACGCUUAGCCUACCCUAUUUAUUACUUCUAUAGAGACUUCACGGUAAGAUUUUCGACUGGAUUGACGACUUUUGAGAUUUUUUGACACUCCAAAGUGUCAACUUACUUUUUGAAAAAAGUUCAGCACAGAAAUUACGAUGGUAUUUUGCCUUAUUCUUUGCCCACCAAAGUAGUAAAGGCUGUAAUCGGAAGAUUUUUCAAGUCCUUGGUAAACCGAAAAAACUACGCUAUAAAUUAUGUUACAACGUAAGAUGAAGUUUGCUUUUACAAACUUCGCACUUCUCGAUAAAUUUCCACAAUGGUCUCUGGUAAUUUUUGGAAAGGUCAUUUGCAAAACAAAAGUCUGAAGUUGAGACUUUCAAAUAGCUGUAUUAAUAUUUUUGACAACGAAAUUUUUAUACUUUUAUGAGUUCAUUGUAAAAUACGGCGUUAUCCAUAUAAGGUGGACCUCGGGCAAAUUCGAUUUUUUUGGUUAUGACGCUCAGACUCGCGUUUUCGACCAUAGCAACUUUUUUACUACAGUGGGGGACCUGAUCCAGUGGCAAAAAACGUACCAUUUUGCAUCCGUGAAGCAUCAAAAAUGUGGGAGAACGCUUCCGUCUCCAAGUGAAAAACCGCUUUGAAGGGCUUCCCCUCACAGAAAGAGCGGGCGGGCUUUUGAAAUCGGAGUUUUUUCACUUGGAGAAGGAAGCAUUUUGCCACAUUUUUUAUACUCCCUGGAUGCAAAAUGGUACGUUUUUUGCUACUGGAUCAGGUCUCCCACUGUAGUAAAAAAGUUGCUAUGGUCGAAAACGCGAGUCUGAGCGUCAUAACCAAAAAAAUCGAAUUUAUAUUUAUCCGGAGCCCACCUUCUAUGGAUAACGUCGUAUUUUACAACGAAACCAUAAAAGUAUAAAAAUUUUGUUGUCAUAAAUACCCUACAGGGAUGAUGCAGAAAUUUUUGGCGGGUUUUUACUUUUCCCGAUGUCUUCCACGAUUUCUCCUUUUUUCUGAUUAUUUGCCGCAAAUCAUAAAAAGCGGGAUGGCGGGUUUCUUUUUUUUACUUUCAAGUGCAAAUCGAGUGAAAGGGACAGUUUCGGACUCCCAGGAAGGCUGCGGAAGACACGAUGUACGGAAAAAGUCGAUCGGCUUGCGAUCGUUUUUGGAACGUGGAGGGGCCCCGGUUGGGGAUGGAUGGGUUCAAAGGUCGAGGUUUUGCAGCGUGGUUAUUAAACAGGGUGUAUGAAAUUCGUAUGGAUGUCAGUGGAUUUUUAACGAGGUGUUUUGGUGGGUAUUAAAAAUAUAGCUCUUGCAGGUCUGCGGUAAUAUCUUUGGAUAAAAAUGUUAUAUUGAAUUGCAAAAAUUUUUGAGAAACGAAGAUAUUAGGUGUUGUGUCGCUUAUACAGUGGGGGACCUGAUCUAGUGGCAAAAAACGUACCAUUUUGCAUCCGGGAAGACUCAAAAAUGUGGUAAAAUGCUUCCCUCUCCAAGUGAAAAAACUCCGGUUUCAAAGGCGCGUCCGUUCUUUUUGUGAAGGAGUCUUUCAAAACGGAGUUUUUUCACUUGGAGGGGGAAGCAUUUUGCCACAUUUUUGAUCCUUCCCGGAUGCAAAAUGGUACGUUUUUUGUCACUGGAUCAGGUCAUUCUCUAUAGGUGUUUCGCUUAUAUUGGGGAUAUUUCGCCCCGCGCCGACUCUAUGUUCCGCUGUUAAACUUUAGACUUUCGUUCUUGCAAAAAGAAUACCAAAACGUUUUCGGUUUGUACUUUGUCCACUCUUUUACACACCUUUGAAAAUCACGUUUUUACAUGUUAAUAACGGCUAAUUUCCUCUCACCUCUGAAUCUUCGCCUUCAACGGACAGUUGCUGUUAUCAGAUACCAAGGGGUCCUUAUUUCUGUCCUUUUGCUCCUUAUCUUUUCGAAUUUUUCGGAAUAAAUGGCGUGAUUGGGGGUUUGAAGGCAACUAUAUCGACACAUAGUUGAUAUUAGGUAGUUGCCAAUUAUGGGGUGUUCCUGAGCAUGGAGAUGUUCGUUUUUUGAGAGAAUCACUUUAAUUAUAAGUCAUUAUUAUGCAUUUUUGGGGGUAAAAUAAAUUGAAGUAGCGCGAGAAAAUUCUGAGUAUAUAAAACAUAUAAAACCAAAGUUAUACUUGAUAUAUCAAGACUCUACUUUUAGGGUUACCGGGUUUCAAUUUUUCACUUUACAACCGAGUAUAACAACAAAGAUGGCGAACAUUACUGGUCAAGUGGAGGUUGCGGACAUUCUCUUCGCCGACGAUUGGAAUCUGGAAAGGACGAUGACUUUUAUGCACCAUUGGGUCCCAACCUCGUAUAAAGUAAGUGUUUUAAAUACGUUUUGCUGCUCAAUAUAGAGUAGAAACGUUGAAGUUUUAGAUCACAAUGGCCUAUCUGCUAGUAAUCUUCGCGGGUCAGAAGAUCAUGGAGAAAUGCCAAGCCUUCGACAACUAUCUGAUGGACCUUAUCCUUGCUGUCUGGAACUUUGGAUUCAGUGUUUUCUCCGGAAUCGCCGCGUACAAAUUGCUCCCAGAGCUGUUCUACAGCAUCAAGACCACUGGAUUUGUUGGAUCUUACUGCAACAACCUGGAGUAUUACACCGAUCCCAGCACUGGGUACUGGGGAUGGAUGUUUGUGAUGAGCAAAUUCCCGGAACUCGGAGACACGCUGUUCUUGGUGCUCAGGAAACGACCCGUCAUCUUCAUGCACUGGUAUCAUCAUGCUCUCACCUUUGUCUACGCUCAGGUAGGUUGAUUUCGUAAGGUGACAUCUUAUACGAAGAAAGAUGUUUUGUGAAAUUUUUAUAAUUUUUUGAAAUUUUUUUUUCAGGUGACCUACAAUGAAACCCAGGCUUGGUGUAGAUGGUCAUUGGCCUUGAAUUUGUUCGUUCACACUGUUAUGUACUUGUAAGCGAAUUGAAAAUUAAAAAAAAAAAAGUUUUUUUAAUCUUUCGUGAACUUUUAUUUUUAGCUACUUUGCUGUUCGCGCCCUCCACUGGAAGACCCCAAGAGUGGUUGCCAAAUUCAUCACGACAAUCCAAAUUAUCCAAUUUGUCAUCUCCUGCACCAUUUUCUCACAUUUGGUCUACAUCAAGACCUUCGACACCAUCCCCAACUGUCAAGCCAGCUGGAAUGUCCUCGGACUUGGCGGUCUUAUGUACUUGAGCUACCUGUAUCUAUUCGCACAGUUCUUCUACAACGCCUACAUCGCCAAAUCGCAGAAGAAGACGAAGAAAGUGGAGUAA